AUGAAGCCGGCUUUGCACAGAAACUGGUCUAAGCACACAUUCUACAUCAACCGCAGCCUCAGGGGUGCCGACUUCCUUUGUCCAUACGGCAUGUUUCCCCUUCAAAGUUCUGCCUGCGGAGGGAUGAAGAAAAGAGAAAUGGUGUUUGAGGAAGAGGAGAUGAAGCAGCUGUGGAUAAAAUGUCACAAGGCUGGAGUGACAGAGAGGCGGCGACUCAAGAGGGAAAGCAGAAAGUGUGCCCAGUCUCUGCCCCCAUCAGACGACGAACAAGGUCACAGCCGGAGGUAUUACUCUAUUGCAGAGUUUAGUGUCACCAAAGAGAGCAGCAGAAGUGAAACUGAGCACUGGUCUAGCAGAGACAGGAGGCUUGGAAAAAUGCUCGAGGAGAAAGGGAGACGGAAGGAUGAUGACGAGAGUAUAAAAAAGAGGGAGAAAGAAGAAGAGGAGAAGAAACUAAGCGUGGUGGGCUUUGUGACAGCAGCCCUGCGGAGACAAAAGGUGAAGCGCUGCAUAGAUGUUGUCAGCAGAGACUGUCAGAGAGAGGAGGAGCUGAGAGGACGCACAGAAUCACUCUGGGAUGGAAAUGAAAAGAAGACUGUAAGCUUGCUGUCCCGGCCCUCUCUAAGCUGCUAUCAGUGCUUUGUUGAUCUGACAGACAGCAGUCGCUUGUGCUGGGGUUAUGUUUUGACUGAGUACAACAUUAGAAAUGUGGAUGCCUGCUUCAGGAAGCUGGACGACAUAUUCAACACAAACGAUGGUGUGAUCAAGGCAGGCAAAGUGGGUAAAGGCUAUGACCAAAAGCUGAAAGAGAUUUUAGAUGCAGAGAUUCUCCCUCUGGCGAAAGAGUUUGACCAGAAGCUGAAUGAAGACACUGUGUAUGAGCGAAGGUUGCAGACAGCAGCAGACAAUUUCAUCGCAGCUGCCUCCAAACUGCCUAGAGGGUGUUUCCCUCCUUGCGCUUGUAUCUUGUACUCAUCAGGUUUUCAGAGUGCAGGUGCUGAAUAUAACUGCAUUACAUGCCAAUUCGACUCCUGUGAAUUCCCUCUUGAUUGUCCAGUUGAAGAAAUGAAAGUACUGGAGAACAGCAGGAGCAGAAUGUGGUGUGAUGUGCCAUUUGACCUGCCAAAUGAUAUUGAAGUGAUCUGGAGGUUUGCAGAGGAGGUCAAAACCCAGCAAAUGGAGGAGUUUAAAGAAGUAACUGCGGGUGUGGACAGACUCUAUUCCAUUCCUUCUGUAGGUUUGCAGCAUCAGGGCACCUACCAGUGUGAGAUUUACUCCAGCCAUCGCUCCAUUGUCAGGCUGUACUUCUAUAUCACAGUGACCCCCCAGGUUGUGGCAGGCCACACAGAGCUGCAGGAGAUAUUUGACCUGUCUCUGCUCCCAGGAGGGCGGUUACUCCCAACGCCUGGUUCCCCCUACAUCUUUCUUCCCCUCCUCCAAUUCCAUCUCAUCGCCUGUUUAACCACUUCAUUGCUGCUGCUGCUCCUCUGCCUG